AGGGAAAUUAGUUUGCUGUUUUCCUCUGCUAGUGCCUCUCAGCAGUCAGUAUGUCAACAGCCUAGAAAUCUUUGUGACCUGACAGUUUGUGCCGCUUGUACGAUAUCUCUUGUGGUUUGAACGCAGUUUCAGGAUGAAUCGUCAUCUUUUUCAGGGGUAGAGGUGACUCCACUGCAGAUGAGGGAACAUGUUGGCUAUGGACCAAGGAGUGGUGGAGGAAUGGCUGUCAGAAUUUAAGACCCUCCCUGACAGUGCUGUGUCCACAUAUGCCGCCUCACUAAAAGACAAAGGUUCCCUGGUUCCUGCACUCUACAAGGUCAUCCGAGAGAACUACAGCGAUUUGCUGGAGCCAGUGUGCCACCAGUUGUUUGAGUUUUACCGAAGCGGUGAGCCACAGCUGCAGCGUUUCACGCUACAGUUCCUGCCAGAGCUCCUGUGGAGCCUCCUGUCCGUCAGCGCUGCCAGAGACCCUCACACGUCUGGCUGCAUCGAGGCCCUGCUGCUGGGCAUUUAUAACCUGGAAAUAGUUGAUAAAGAUGGACAGAGUAAAGUAUUAUCUUUUACCGUCCCUUCCCUCUCCAAACCUUCAGUGUACCAUGAGCCUUCAGCCAUCGGCUCCAUUGCCCUUACAGAAGGGGCUCUAGCCAAUCACGGGCUGAGCAGGGUUGUGUACAGCGGGCCACACCUCCAGAGAGAGACCUUUACUGCACAAAACAGAUUUGAGGUGCUGACCUUCCUGUUGCUGUGCUACAACGCUGCUCUCAGCUACAUGACCUCCACCUCCCUCCAGUCACUCUGCCAGCUCAGCUCCAGGGUGUCUAUAUGUGGUUACCCACGGCAGCAGAUACGGCGAUACAAAGGCAUUAGCACACGGCUGACGGUCACGUCAGAGUUCCUGGUUCAGCUCAUCACAGGGAUACACUACGCCUUGUGUAAUGGGGAGGUUGAACAGGGAUCCAAAGCACUGGAUGACGUUUUGUACCGGGCCCAGCUGGAGUUGUUCCCUGAAGCUCUGUUGGUGGGUAAUGCCAUCAAGUCGUCACUGCAUGGUGCUGCACUGAAGAGCAACAACAAGGAGGGUGCACGGAGUAUCCAGGUGGAGAUCACACCCACCUCCUCCAGGAUCUCCCGAAAUGCUGUCACCUCCCUCUCUAUCAGGGGACACCGCUGGAAGAGACACGACGCAGUGGAUCUGGGUUCCCCGGAUGAGCUGAUGGAUAUUUCGGAGGUGGAUGAAGGAGUGUGGCCAGGUGGGGUGGGGCCAGACGUGACCCCACCCACCAUCACUAUUAGCAACAGCGUUACCACGCUCAACCUGGGGGCCAAGGCGAUGAAGAAGUGUCGGCUGGGCGGGCGCAACAGCAAGGACAAGGAGGCAGGCCCCCUGACACAAGGCCGUGCCGCUAGCGAGAGCGCAGAGCUGUCUGUCAAGCGACUGACAUUAACUUCCAGCCAAUCAGUGCCCAAGGCAGGAGCUCUCACCAGCCUGACACGCACCGCCAGCGCAGUCUUCUCCCGCUCCUUCGAGCAGGUGGCCAGCGGCAACGCUCCUCCCACCAGCAACCACACUGCUUCCGAAGUUGGCCGCUAUUCUUGCAGCCUGCAGGAAGACGGGCUGGGGUAUUUGAGCCCGGUGCCAAACCACACGCAUCGCUCUCCCAGCAUCAGCGUGCACCUCGGCUCUGACCUUUGAACUCUUUGUGAGUCCUGACUACCUGAACCCUCACCUCUGAUCCUGUGACCCUUUACCUGUGACCUGGAACUCCAAGCCAUGCCAACUGCAACGGACCAUAAAAGCAUGAACAAACACUCCCGCUGGGUCUCUCGUCACUCCAUUUUAACAUCUUUUGAUUGUCUGUGCUGUAAAGCAGCCCUGCUCCUGCAGCCCACCCAGCAGAAUCUCCUGUGGGAGGCGGGGCGUCUGGGACAUCACUUCCAGCUUCACUGUUUUUUUAGUAAUACACUGUUGCUGUGAAGUCGUGCCAGGACAAAACUGCACUCCGUUGAAGAGCAGAGUCUAUAAAUGGGUGCACUACAAACUUGUUACUAAAAAACUGUGUGGAAAAGUAUUUGGAAAGUAUUUUAAUUGGCAUUUGUUGCCCUGCAUGGCUUUUCCAUACGUCCAUCAUGACCUUGCCUAGGGUUUUUCAGAGGGCAGAUGUUGAGUAUGUGUGAGCAUGCUUGAGUGUGUGUACUGUAUGUGUGUAUGUACAAUUGUUUUUAGAAUAAAGGCUGCUGAUUGAUGCAAUGAACAAGGUAUGAUUCUCUGAGUUGAAACAAAUGUUUCUGCUACUUUAAAAAUAAUAAUACAUCCCUUCCCAUAGCAAUACGAAACCCUACUCUAUUCUAUUAAGUGUUUUCCAUCUUUAGGGACAAUUUCACAACUUCCCUUUAUUCGCACUCCUUUUUUCUACAGCUGUGCGUUCUUCCCUAACACAUCAUAAAAAUGACCACUACAUAAUCAACCAGUAUGAUAAGAAUCUGUUCUUUAUGUUUACAAUCGCACAGUGUUGUCAUCAUGAUGGAGAAGCAAUAUUUGUGUUCUUCCCUCUCGCUCCUCUUGCACCUUCCUGAAUUGCUGUUUUUUCAAUGGCAAAAAUAAAACUCCAGCUUCAAACAAUUGAUGAAGAUUAUUUAGAUUUUGGGGACGAUGGGAUGAGAUGAUUUGUUUAGUAUUGAAUUUUGCACUUGAAAGAGCAAACGAGUUGUGUUUUCAACUUUGGUAUUUUCUUAUGAUGAACAAGAGAGGUUUGACUCUUAACUGUGGUAUUUUCCUGUGAGAGAGAUUUGCUCUGUUGCUCCGUACAAAUUUCUGCCACGCAGACGUGAAGUCCACCGACUUGCACUGAGGUAAAAUAAUCGGAAAACGCCUGACUAAAGAUGUUAAAACUCGACCAAUACUGUAAUUAAACCUAUUCCUGUGUGUUCUGCAGUGGGGAGGUGUGUGGGGGCAACAAGGCAUCUGUCGUCUUUCUGAUCGACCCAUCAUUCCAGAUGUUUGUAGUACUGUGGUGAUGUGUUUCCUGUGUCCCUCCUUGUUCAUGUCAACAUCACAAGACAUGAUGAUAUUCUCUUGUACCAAAACAGGAUUUAAACUCCACCCAUCUGCUACAUUUGGUGUCCUAAAUCAAGCUGCCCCAUCCUCAAGCAAAAGUGUGUUCUGUUGUCUGUGUACUAGAGCUGUCAAGUGUCUAUAGCUUGGUGGGACAAUAACAAUCAUCGUGUUUCUGUAUGUGGGUUUACAGAAAGUAAAUGAUUAAGCUCCUGUUGUACAUCAUACUGUACUGAAGUUGGUUUAUAUUGGCCUUUCUUUGUCUGAAGAAAACUCACUGCUACAACUUCUGGGAAUAAAGUGUUUAUAUUUCA